GCCUGUCCUUCCCUCGGCUCCCAGCCUUUGCUGGGCGCCAGACCCGGCCUCGCCGUCCGGCUGCUCGCCUGCUGCGGCUUGUCACCCCCGGGGUCCCAGCCUUCGUGGGCUGGGGCCGCCGCCGCCGCGGCAGGACGGGGAGGCGGGCUAUGGCGUCCUGCGUGGGGAGCCGGACCCUGAGCAAGGAUGAUGUGAACUACAAGAUGCAUUUCCGGAUGAUCAACGAGCAGCAAGUGGAGGACAUCACCAUUGACUUCUUCUACCGGCCGCACACCAUCACCCUGCUCAGCUUCACCAUCGUCAGCCUCAUGUACUUUGCCUUCACCAGGGAUGACUCUGUUCCAGAAGACAACAUCUGGAGAGGAAUCCUCUCUGUAAUUUUCUUCUUUCUAAUCAUCAGUGUGUUAGCUUUCCCCAAUGGUCCCUUCACUCGGCCUCAUCCAGCCUUAUGGCGAAUGGUUUUUGGACUCAGUGUGCUCUACUUCCUGUUCCUGGUAUUCCUGCUCUUCCUGAAUUUUGAGCAGGUUAAAUCCCUAAUGUAUUGGCUAGAUCCCAAUCUUCGAUACGCCACAAGAGAAGCAGAUAUCAUGGAAUAUGCUGUGAACUGCCACGUUAUCACCUGGGAGAGGAUCAUCAGCCACUUUGAUAUAUUCGCAUUUGGACAUUUCUGGGGCUGGGCCAUGAAGGCCUUGCUGAUCCGUAGUUACGGUCUCUGCUGGACAAUCAGCAUUACCUGGGAGCUAACCGAGCUUUUCUUCAUGCAUCUUCUGCCUAAUUUUGCCGAGUGCUGGUGGGAUCAAGUCAUUCUGGACAUUCUGUUAUGCAACGGUGGCGGCAUUUGGCUGGGCAUGGUCGUCUGCCGGUUUUUAGAGAUGAGGACUUACCACUGGGCAAGCUUCAAGGACAUUCACACAACCACUGGGAAGAUCAAGAGAGCUGUGCUGCAGUUCACUCCUGCUAGCUGGACCUAUGUUCGAUGGUUUGACCCCAAAUCUUCUUUUCAGAGAGUGGCUGGAAUAUACCUUUUCAUGAUCAUCUGGCAGCUGACCGAGUUAAAUACCUUCUUCUUGAAGCAUAUCUUUGUGUUCCAAGCCAGCCAUCCAUUAAGUUGGUGUAGAAUUCUCUUCAUUGGUGUCAUCACAGCUCCCACAGUGAGACAGUACUAUGCUUACCUCACCGACACGCAGUGCAAACGCGUAGGAACACAGUGCUGGGUGUUUGGGGUCAUUGGUUUCCUGGAAGCUAUUGUUUGCAUAAAAUUUGGACAAGAUCUCUUUUCUAAGACCCAAAUACUGUAUGUUGUGCUUUGGCUUCUUUGCGUGGCGUUCACCACCUUCCUGUGUCUGUACGGCAUGGUGUGGUAUGCAGAACACUAUGGUCACCGAGAAAAGACCUACUCAGAGUGUGAAGAUGGCACCUACAGUCCAGACAUCUCCUGGCAUCACAGGAAAGGUACAAAAGGUUCUGAAGACAGCCCACCCAAGCAUUCAAGCAACAACGAAAGCCAUUCUUCCAGAAGAAGGAAUCGACAUUCCAAGUCAAAAGUCACCAAUGGAGUUGGAAAGAAAUGAAAGACCGUGGUUAAUCAAAGAUGUUCCAGAGAGUGCCUAGAACUGAGAGGGAAACGGAACUCAUCUGGACCUCCCUGUUAGGAGGUCAAAAUGUACAGCGCAAACAGGAAGAGGAGAGGGAACUUUUGGGGUCAUUAUUUGAGAGUGUAAGUCUUGUUCCCCACAGACCUGGCCACACAGGUAGCUCACGGCCUGGAGUCCUUUGCCAAUUGGGGUCUCUUCUAACUUCGCACUUGGCAUGCUGUCACCGGUAGCAGUACAGUGUGUUGGACGCAAAAGGUAGCUAUUCACUCACCGCUGCCCAGAGCGGCUCUGUGCUUGCGUGUAUUGUGGAUGCAAAGUAAACAUCUUCAUGCAGACUAGGUAUUAACCGGAUGGUUACGGACUGGUCACCAGUUUUUAUUUUUAUGAAUCUGCCUUUCCAUUUGAUUGAGCUGUUUUGAGUUCAGGCCACUUUUCUGUCUUUUAUUUUGUUGUUUUUAUUUGUUUUUAAGUUAGGAUGCUUAAAAGCCUUCAGAAACCAGUGCUGAAAUCGAAAUUGGGGGAGGGUUCCCCUUCUGUCUAGAGAAAAAGGGGGCGAGAGCAGGUGUGAUCCUGUUUCGUGACCUCAGUCCCCUUUUUUGAGACAUUCACCGCAUGGCGGGUGUGCACCAGCCCGAGGAGAGGGAGCUGCCUGCAUAGGAACCUCGCUUCAGAUCGGAACCUUUCUCGUUCCCCUCCAAAUGUCAUUUGUCCAGACGUACCCACCGUGCACAAAAGCAAACCCGUCAGAGAGGCAGUGAACACCGCGGCUUCCCCCCAGCCAGGUGCCUUUUUACAUUGCAUUUGUUUUCAUUCCGUGGUGUGUUGGCGACAUUGUCUUUUAGUCCCAUGUGAGGUGCUGGUGAGUAUUACCUUUCGUCUGUGCCAUGCUCUAGCUAGAACGUUUACCCUGAUCGUUCACCACCUCUGAUUUAAAUAAAAUGAUUCAC